GCAGUCCGCGAGUAUACAGUCGGGUCAGGACUCAGCGGAUCUCACGUCGGCGCACACGAGACACAUACAUUUGUCUCUUUUAACGUGUGUCUGUGCCGAGCGAGAGACUUCCCUAUCCCUACUUGCUUUUUUGGAGCUGCUGCUGAAAAUCUGCAGCUGCGCUUGACGACUCUCUCUCUCUCUCUCUCUCUCUCUCUCUCUCUCUCUAGUCUCUGCGGUCUGCUCCGCGCCGCGGCGGAGGCACACAGCAGCAGCAGCAGCGAAGUUUUUCGUAUUGUCUCUCUCUCGCGGAGGAGAGACUCUGCUCGUCGAGCUCCACCGCUCGCAGCUCGCGAGUCGCUGCGUCAGUUGAGCAGUAGCUGCCCGCGCAGUUGUAACUCAGUCUCUCGGCCCCCGCGCGCGCGCACGCGAUAUACAUACAUAUAAUAACAUAGAAGUUCUGCGUGUAGAAAAAAAAACAAACGAGAAACAAAACAAAAAAGUAAUAUAAAAAUACGAAAAAAAAGUUUUAAGAAAAGCACGGAUUAUUCGAGCGAUUGGUCUUUGGUUUUUUUCAUCUCUACCUCGACUCCGAAUUUCGUCAUAUUACACUUGCCGAUUCGAUCGAUUGACGGGGUGAUCUUCGUUAAUUUCCCAAAUAUCGAUCGUCGUAGAAUUUAAUUGUUCUCGACGCGUUUGUCUCGCGAGUAAGUGGCGUGCCAUUGUCGCCGCGUGAUAAUCGAUUGUCGUAACUCGAUCCAAAUUAUCCCCUUUUGCAUAUCGCACCUUUUUACGCACACAGUCACGUUACUGAGUACGGAGCCGUUGCAGGGGCACGCAGGGAGACAUAGACGCACAUAUACAUAGAGAAAGAGAGAGAAGGCGUGCAGCAGCAGCAUUUAUAGAAGAAGUGUGCAAACGAUAAGUAUACACUUACACGCAGAAAGAUUCGUGCAAAUGCGUGCGUAGAAAGGUCGAUGCGUUGCUCGUCUACUGGGAAAGAUAAACGUCGCCAAGUGUCAAAAGGUACUGCUACUACUACUACUACUACUACUACUACUACGUUGAUUCGGCAGCAGCAGCAGACGACUCCCCGCUUGUUCGAAUACACACACCAACAGCUUACAAUAUACACCUAAAGGCAGACGAGUCUCGACGAGCUUUCUUGCAUUCCCUUUUCACUGUUUCUUUCAUGCUCUUCUAUAUAUAGUAUCAAAAAAAAAAAAAAAAACAUCUACGCACGUGCGUUUUUGUCCAGUUCGACGAUACUCAACGAGGAACAAAAAGUUUCGAACGUCUCUGAAAAUACCAACAUCUCUCUCCCUCGAACGGAUAGAGAAUCGCAUAUAAAGAGGGCCGCAAGUGCCGUGGUGCCACCGAGAAGUGUGUAUCGUAUUUUGUGCUCCGAGUGCGAGGGUUGCUGCGCUAUUAUUAUAUAUAUACACACCACUUCGAGACGGGAAGAGGGGAGAGAAAAUAAAGUGCCGUCUGCUGCAGCACAGUACACGUCGGUGUCGUCCCUCCGCAGUUCGGACAUACAGAGGUAAACAAAUACAAUUGAAAUCCUCGCUACUGCUGGAUUUACGCUGUUUGAAUUAGAGAGAGAAGAAAAGUAAAGAAUUAAAGAAAGAAAAGAAAAAUAAUGAUGUCGAUGGAAGAGGAGGGCAAUAAAAAAAAGCUGGAGCAACAGCAGCAGGGCAGCGACAGCGACGUGGAGGCCGGCGCCGAAAUCAUGAGCGUGCAAUUCUUCGAGGGUGUGGAAAAGCUCCUGGAGAUCUGGUUCUCCACCAACGUCAACAACAAUCACAACAAGAAAGAGACGUCGCAGCAGCAGCAGCAACAGCAAAAAUUGGAGAUCGAGUCUAAACACGAUUUGCGGAUAAUACCCAGGCAAAAAUGGGAAUCGCUGCUGAAAAUAGUGCGCUGCGAAAUCAUCAGCUUUUGCAGAAACGACUCGGUCGACGCUUACGUGCUGAGCGAGAGCAGCAUGUUCGUCUCGAAGCGUCGGCUGAUUCUGAAGACGUGCGGCACCACGACGCCGCUCCAGUGCCUGGAGCCCCUCUUGGAUCUGGUCGAGAGCUACACCGGAUUCGACAAAGUCGAGAACUUGUUUUACUCGAGGAAGAAUUACAAACGACCGGAGCUGCAGAUAGCCCCUCAUCGAGCUUUCGAGGAGGAAGUCACUCUGUUGGACACGUUCUUCCCUGAUGGCGAGGCCUACUGUCUCGGCUCGGAGGAGAGCGAGUGCUGGUACCUCUACACCCUGAAUCGCGAGGCGCCGUCGUCCACACCCCAAUCCACUGGACAGCAAGAAUCCACCGACGAUGCACCACCGACCACGACUACGACCACUAUGACGAACGAACGCGAGCCCGAUCAGACGCUCGAGAUCAUGAUGACGCAGCUCGAUCCCAAGGUGAUGAGCAUAUUCACGCGGCACGUCUGCUCGUCGGCCGAGGAGGCCACCCGCAAGUCCGGCAUCGAUCAGCUGCUGCCCAACAUGCUCAUCGACGACUUUCUCUUCGAGCCCUGCGGCUACUCCAUGAACGGCGUGUCGAAAAACGGCAGCUACAUGACGAUCCACAUCACGCCCGAGCCGGACUUCUCCUACGUCUCGUUCGAGAGCAACGUCGCGGCCGCCUCGUACGGCGACGUGAUCGAGCGCGUCCUGCGCUGCUUCAAGCCCGGCAAAUUCGUCGUCUCGAUCUUCGCCAACAAGCAGUCGGUGGCCGCGGAGGGUCCGCGCGAGCUCGAGCAGUCGGACGACUGCCUUGGCGGGCUGAGGCGCGACUACGUGCGCGACGACGCGCAGUACUGUCGCUUCAAGAACUACGACCUCAGCUGCGCCUUCUACUCGAAAUUUCCGAGCUGAGGGUUCCAGGGCGCCUCGACCGCGCU